AUGCAGAUUUUCGUCAAGACCUUGACCGGCAAGACCGUUACCCUUGAGGUCGAGCGGGUUUGGAGGAUUCAAAGGCCAUCGAGGAGUAAGCGCCCGUCACUGGUGGCUGCCAGGCCCGGGAACAUGCUCCGCGGGCCGGUGCAUCCGCUGUCCAUCAUUUCCCAGCCGCCAGCGACCGUCGUCGCGACCGUGACAAGGCUCGCUCCUCGGAAGCCUGCCGCCUACUACCAUACUACCACACCCAGGGUCACCCAUUCCGUCGAACUUGGAGCCGCCGAACUCACUGGUCAAGUUCAAAACGUUCAGAAACUUACGCAACCUUCCACUAUAACCAUGGAUAGCUCAAACCAGUGUAAUGAUUGUGGAAGACCCUUUGCAAAUGCAGGGGCUCUGUUUAGUCACCAGCGGUCCCGAUGCAAGGCCACAAAACGAGGUCUCAAAGAGGUGCUUUCCGACGCUAAGCGGUACUGGGAACGACGGGUGAAGCGUCCACGCACUUCUGCAGGGGAAGUGACCGCAAAAACAACCCAAGGAACUUCGAUAUCGGUGACCGAGUCAUCCGAAAUUGAAUGGACCAACCGGCACUACGGUUCUCCUUCAAGUGAACGUCCAACAGAACGAGAGUCAGUCACGGUCGAUUACCCAUCUCCACAGACCACUGCGAACGAGCCUAAUACAAAUGCAGCACCGACUGGAGACUCAACUACCUACGAAGUUGCAGCCCCAAUUCUCGGAAGGCUUCGCACUGUAGCCGCACAACAUCGAGAAACAUCCCCAGAACCUCCCGCACCGGUCCCUCCUCAAGCCCAUGUUCCUCCAGAACAGUCAGCUGCGCCAACCGCACGGACAUCCGCUUGGGUAGAACAGUCACAGGUUCACCGGACAUCGUCCAACAAAUUCGGACUAUACAGGGAGUUCUUUGGGCUAGGCCUCCCAAAGCACGACCCCGACUCCUUCCUCGACAUCCAGGAGCUAGGAGAUGGGCCCUUAGACCCUGCUCUCGACGAAGUCACGCACGACGAUGCACCUCACCAGGGGACGGCUGACUCCUAUCAUCCAUACCCCAAUCGGAGUUCGUUCGAACUCUCAGAAUGGUUCUGGGGAGGCCAGUCUAGCACCAAUUCGCUGGCCAGAUUCGACGCUUUGACGAAAGUCGUGGGGGAUCCGGAAUUUGUGCCCGCGGAUAUACGUGCCACCAAUUGGGCCAAACUACAUCGACUGCUUCCCCACGCCAAAACUAUUGGCCUCGACGAGGGAGUUCCAGAUGAAAAUGAUUGGGUUGACGAUACCAAUUGUGACUGGGUCGAGUCGAAGAUCACUAUCGAAGUUCCAUUUCCCACUCAAGGUCGAGGUUCAUCCAAAGCCAACUUCGACGCUGGCGUUCUCCACCAUAGGACGAUACUGUCUGUGAUUAAAGAGAAGUUGCAAGACCCUCAGGAGCACUACUAUCGUCAUUACACCCCAUACAAGCUUUUCUGGCAACCAGAUUCCGAUUUCGAUCCCAUUCGAGUCCAUGGGGAACUCUACAGCUCGGACGAAUUUCUCAAGGUCGACGCCGAGGUCCAACAGCUGGAUCUAGGGGAGGAGGAUCCUGGCUUGGAGCGAGUUGUCCUGGCUCUUAUGUUUUGGACGGACGCUACCCUUUUGGCCAACUUUGGCACAGCCAAACUCUGGCCUUGUUAUAUGUUCUUCGGAAACGAUUCCAAAUACCGGCGUGGCAAACCCUCAACAAACCUUUGUAAUCAUAUCGCGUAUUUUGAACCUCUCCCCGAUUCCUUUAAGGAUUGGUAUCGCGCUCACACCGGGGGCAAAAGUCCAUCUGCAGACCUUAUCACACAUUGCAACCGAGAAAUUUUUCACGAGCAGUGGCGCUUGCUUCUCGACGACGACCUUCUUGGGGCAAUGCGGCAUGGGAUCAGGGUCUCAUGUGUCGACGGCGUGACACGUUUAUUUUUCCCUCGCAUUUUCACAUAUUCAGCGGAUUACCUAGAGAAAGCCUUGAUCGCAACCAUCCGCAGCCUGGGCACGUAUCCCUGCCCCCGAUGUCUCGUCCCCAAAAGCGAUAUGAACCAAGCUGGAACGGGGGAGGACAAGUCCCUUCGUUCAGAAAACCCGCGCGUGGACACCGCGGAGCGUCGAGAAAAGGUCAAAGCAGCAAGAGAGAAAAUAUUUGAUCAGGGUUAUGCCGUUAACAGCAGAGUUGUUGAUGAGGAACUGAAAUCCAACUCCAUGGUCCCAGUCAAGAAUGCGUUCUCCAAGGUCACAGAUUCUGUUCAAUUCGACAUCUUCAAGGCCCUUGUAGUCGAUCUAAUGCACGAGUUUGAACUCGGUGUCUGGAGGACGCUUUUUACCCACCUCAUCCGGAUACUCGAAGCUGAGGACCGAAUAUCUAAACGUUCGUAUCGUCUAAUGAGUCCUUUCGGUAUUGAUACCAUCCGCAAAUUCACGUCCAAUAUGUCCGAAAUGAAACGCCUGGGCGCACGCGAUUACGAAAACUUACUCCAGGAAACCUGUUCAGCUUACGAUACGCGAGAAACAUCGAAAGAGCACGCAGCUCGCCUCAAACGAAUCGCCAAGUCUACAAAAACACACCAGCCGUCACAGCUGCAGCAGCCAACUGGCACCCACCAUGUCGAUCCACCCCAAAUCCCAAUGCCUGGCUCGUUUUCUGCCGUAUCCGCCAACGAGACACCGGCUAGCGUCCGCGAGCGACUUCCGAGACCUUCACAGAACCCUCCUCCCGCUCCUAGCGUGCAAAGUAAUGUCAGCGCUCCUGUACAUCUGCGCCAUAGUCCGGCACAGGACCCUCCAGCUACCGAUCCCUCUUACGUGGAAAGCAAUACCAGCGUUCCAGCACCGGAUUCCAAAGGACGACUGCGGAAGACGUUAAACCUCAAUACCUACAAGUAUCACGCUUUAUGUGACUAUGUCGAAACAAUCCGGCGUUUUGGGACGACAGAUUCGUAUACGUCUGAGCGAGGAGAGCUUGAACACAAGCUUCCGAAGUCAUGGUAUCUCCGCACCGACAAAAGGGCUUAUCGAGCUCAACUAGCCAGGAUCGAAAGAAGAAGGGCAAACAUACGCAAGAUCAGGCGCAAGAUGAGAAGCGCACGGAAUGAGCCCAGUCAACGGAACACUUCGUGGCGAUACCGUCUCUCCCAGGCCAAAAACUCUUACGAGCCCCUGUCCAAUUACGUCCAGAAUGAAGCGAAUCUGUUGGACCCAGCGCUACAGGACUUCCUUCCCAAACUCCAACGUCAUCUGCUCCCUCGCAUCAAAACCGCGCUUCGGGAGCGUCGAGUGAAGGCAGGACUCACCUCUCCGCUUGACCCCUCCGACUUGGACGAUUGGUCGUAUGUCGUCAUCCAGAACUACCGCCUUCAUGUCCACAAGAUUAUCCGGUUCCGAUAUACAACGUAUGAUGUGCGACAGGACGAAGACAUCGUUCAGUUCGUUGGGGGUGGAAAUAUGGACUUCAAACCAGAGAGGCUCGAUUUCCUCUUUGUUCGGUGGUAUUCUUGGAAUGGAGCAGAUCUCGAUCACAACGGCGGCUUAGACGAACUUAGUUUCCCCCCUUUGACUGAUCCAGAUGCCUUUGGAUUCGUAAACCCGGAAGACGUUAUUCGAGCUUGCCACAUUCUUCCUCGAAUCAGCAUUGGCCAUGUGUCAAAUGCCGAAGACAUAUCCAUGAUUGCGAAAGACUCCCAGGAUUACCCUUCAUAUGUUGUUAACCGGGAUAUGUACAUGAGAUUUCGAUGGGGGUACGGCAUUGGUCAUCGGUAUUCGCAUCAUUCGCGACGAAAACAGACGAACAUCCAACUUAGAGAAGAAUCCACCUCCCGGGAUGGCCUGAAUUCAAGCAACGAAUCCCACGGACAUGAAGCGUGCCCCAGUAUACGACCGAGCCGAAUGACUCCCCUCGACGCAGAAGAGAAGGACGGAGAAGCAGCGACAGAAGAGGCAGAAGAUCAGGCUUGCGAGAGAUUGGGUGCAGACGACAUGGUUUGGGAAGGGAUUAAGAGUCUGGCAGGGAUCCUGUCCGGUCCGAGGGGAGGAGAGCCUGAGGCGUGUCGGAGAGGGGGAACCGUUAAUGAUGUGGGCUGCCGGCAACUUAACGCCCAGUCGCUAAGGCUGGCAAGCACCCAACCUGAAGCUAGUCGCUUGGCAAGCAAGCUGCCCUAG